AGAGAGGGAAGGGAGAGAGAGAGAGGCAGAGGGAGAGCUGAGGAAAGAAAAAAAGGCAAGACUUGGCACAGCUCAGUCAGAUCAGCUUCUUUUGUCUGCUUUCUCGGCUUGAGCUUCAGGAAAGAAAACCGUCCUGGGGUACAGAAAACUCAGAACUUUUUGGUUUUCAAACUUAGAAGGCUUUUUAAGUCUCUUGGGCUAUUUGAAAGUGUUGGUACAUACAAUGACGUUUAGGCACCAGUAUUAAGGGAAAUAAAAGCCUUUUUCAAAAUGAAGCUUCCACAGUGUCCAUGCAUUUGGGAAAUACUGUAUUUGAUUUUUUUUUGCAUGUAUGAUUAUACUAUGAGAGACAGCAUUGACAGUGUAGAAGAUGGAAAGGCAAAUUUCUAAUUAGAGAGACUAUUAAUUUUCUACAAAAUAAACUUUGUUCAUCAAUACAAACCUGCUUUCAAAUCAAAUCAGACCUCCUUCGGAAUGUGUUCAGAACCCAAACAUCAUGUCAAUGGCAACAGAACAGUUGAACCUUUCCCAGAGGGAACACAGAUGGCUCUAUUUGGAAUGGGCUGUUUCUGGGGAGCUGAAAGGAAAUUCUGGAACCUGAAAGGUGUAUAUUCAACUCAAGUUGGUUAUGCAGGAGGCUAUACUCCCAAUCCUACUUAUAAAGAAGUCUGCUCAGGAAGAACUGGCCACGCAGAAGUAGUCCGGGUGGUGUACCAGCCAGAACGCAUCAGCUUUGAGGAACUGCUCAAGGUCUUCUGGGAGAAUCAUGACCCGACCCAAGGCAUGCGCCAAGGCAACGACCAUGGCUCUCAGUACCGCUCCGCCAUCUACCCGACCUCCGCUGAGCACAUGGGGGCCGCCCUGAGGUCCAAAGAGGACUACCAGAAGGUUCUGUCGGAGCAUGGUUUCGGCCUGAUCACCACGGACAUCCGGGAGGGACAGACCUUUUACUACGCGGAGGAUUACCACCAGCAGUACCUGAGCAAGAACCCCGACGGGUACUGCGGCCUCGGGGGCACCGGAGUGUCCUGUCCCCUGGGUAUUAAAAAGUAAUUUCUCCCCACAUGGUCAGCCCUCGAGGUCACAGCCAAAAUGCUUCCAACAAAUCGGGGAGUUCUUUUGUGGUUCACGCCAGGGGCUUUUUGAAGUGCACAAAGGCAAUCAUAAAAAUCUGGUUUAUUAAGGGGUAAUUUACAUGAAGUGCCAUGGCAAGAUGAUAACAUGUAAUUUAUCUUCUAAAAAGUUAUGGCGGGAGGAGCCCGCAUUGAAAAUUUUUGGAUCAUUUGAUGUCUGAAUGAGGAUAAUGAAUAAUCAGUGUUCACCUCUUUUGUGCUUGGGUGCCUGCCCUGGACGUCAGGGAACUAAGCUGGGAGAAUAUGUGUUGGGGGGCAGAGGUCAGGGCUUCCGUCACCGCAGCCGACCCCCUCAAAAGUCCUGCCCUUCAGUGCCUUAAAAUUUGCAGACGUUUAUAGCCUCAAUGAAUCAUUCACUGAAAUACUUUGCUCAACUUAUCCUAUACAUGUAUAAGCGGCUUUCUCUCUCUUUUUCGCCCUCUUCAUGGCAGGGGAAAGCUGUGAGUUAGCUUGAUAAAUUUUAACGCUUUGCUCACAGCUAUGGCAUAUGCUUGUUCUAAUAAAGGUCUACAAUCUGCUAAUA